AUGGCCGACAACACAUACGGUACUGAUGGUGCACUCGAUCGCGUUCUCGGUCUCGGUCAGAAACAGCUCAAGUGUGUUCCGGCAAUCUUUAUUCAUGCUGGAGCGGGCUUUCAUAGCCACCAAAACGAGCAUGUUCACCUUGAGGCCUGCGUGGCAGCUUGCGAGAUGGGCAUGAAGUUCUUAAAGGCUGGCGCCACUGCCACCGAGGCCGUCGAAGUUGCUCUUCGCAUCCUCGAGGAUAAAGAGAUAACGAAUGCAGGCUACGGCUCCAAUCUAUCCAUUGAUGGCACCGUCGAGUGCGAUGCGACAAUCGUUGAUCAUUUAGGACGCAGUGGUGCCUGCGGAGCUGUUCCAAAUGUUCGAAAUCCGAUUUCAUUGGCAAAGCUCAUAUUGGACACAAGUAACAAACCCCUGAGCCUCCGCCGAGUCCCUCCAAAUGCCCUCGUCGGUGAAGGAGCAAGAAACUUUGCUGAGGAACACGGCAUGGCAACUUUUGCCAACGAAUAUCUCGUUUCGAAGAAUUCCAGGGAUCGCUUUCUACGAUGGCAAGAGGAUCUAAAGAAAGCUGAUAUCGCGUCAAAAGGGGCAAACAUUGGCUCUGCUGCUAGCCAGAUGAACAUGGGCUGCGCUCCGUGCCAGUAUGAUACUAUGGCGGUAACAGAUCCUCACAAAAUCUUUCCACGAGACCAUACCGCAGCAAUCCUGGCAGGGACAUGGAACGAAGGACAACCAGAUUCCCCCUAUGUCGGCACACCCAAUCCCGAUGCAAGUAGCAUUUCUGAACCCCCAGCAUACCCGACAACAUAUGCUCGUGCUCUAGCCUCAACGCCAGCGAGCUCACCCAGAACCCCCUUGCGACCAGCUAUUCGCGGUCUUAAGCGUCCCCUUAACGUAUCACAUGAAAACGAGGACUCAAAUUCACAGACUGCAAAGCGCCAGUUCCAGUCUGGUAGCCCCGAGGAGGAUUCGAUUACAGACACUAUUGGUGCUAUUGCGAUUGAUGAUAGAGGCCACAUUGCAGCAGGAUCCUCUUCAGGUGGCAUUGGAAUGAAACAUCGAGGCCGCCUAGGACCAGCAGCUCUGGUCGGCAUUGGGACGGCCGUUGUGCCGUGCGCUGAAGAUGACAACGACAAUCUCACGGUUGCGGCCGUAACGAGCGGCACGGGUGAACAUAUGGCCACCACAAUGGCUUCUCAGAGAUGCGCUGAACGUCUUUACCAUGGAACGCGCCGUGGUCCAGCUGGCAUCGACGUUCAAGACGACGAUGAAGAUGCAAUCAUGGAAUCUUUCAUAGCUAAGGACUUUAUGGAUCACCCAGGAGUGAGAAACUGUCAUUCUGCGGGCGCCAUUGGUAUCAUGGCCGUAAAGAAGACCAGGAACGGCUAUUAUCUAUACUUUGCUCAUAACACAGACUCCUUUGCCCUGGCUUCCAUGGGCGGUUUGGAAAGAGAGCCGCGAUGUGUCAUGUCACGACUCCCUGACGGUGCUAAGAUUGCAAAAGGUGGCCGCAAGGUUCGACUAGAAUAA